GUGCUGACACACUUCCGGCCUUUGUGACUCGUUGUGUCUGUGUCGAGGCGUCGGGAGGGCCUAGGUUCGUGUGCAGCGCCCUUCGGCCGGCCUGAGCCCCAGAGUCAGCUCCCCUUUCUCGCCCAGCGCCCCCAGGCCGCUCUCGGGGCUCACGGUCAUGAUCUCAGGGUCCUGGGAUCGAGCCUGCAUCUGGCUUCCUGCUCAGUCACCAGGAGUCUGCUUCUCCUUCUCCCUCUGCCUCUCCAGCUCAUGAACAGUACCGAAACAUAUCCACAAACAUCUCCUAGGACAGGAAGGAGAGCACAGACCCUGUUUGGAUCAAGCCCACUGCCUAAGCCUGAAUGAUGACUGCGGAGUCGAGGGAAGCCACAGGCCUGUCCCCCCAGGCUGCCCCGGAGAAGGACGGGAUUGUGAUCGUGAAGGUAGAGGAGGAAGACGAGGAAGACCAUAUGUGGGGGCAGGAUUCCAGCCUACAGGAGACACCUCCUCCUGACCCAGAGAUUUUCCGCCAGCGUUUCAGGCACUUCUGUUACCAGAACACUUUUGGGCCUCGAGAGGCUCUGAGUAGACUGAAAGAACUCUGUCACCAGUGGCUACGACCAGAGAUCAACACCAAGGAGCAGAUCCUGGAGCUGCUGGUACUGGAGCAGUUCCUUUCCAUCCUGCCCAAGGAGCUCCAAGUCUGGCUGCAGGAAUACCGUCCCGAUAGUGGGGAGGAGGCUGUGACCCUUCUAGAAGAUUUGGAGCUUGAUUUAUCAGGACAGCAGGUCCCAGGUCAAGUUCAUGGACCUGAGAUGCUCGCAAGGGGGAUGGUGCCUCUGGAUCCAGUGCAGGAGUCCUCGAGCUUUGACCUUCAUCAUGAGGCCACCCAGUCCCAUUUCAAGCAUUCAUCUCGGAAACCUCGUCUCUUACAGUCACGCGCUCUCCCUGCCACACACGUUCCUGCCCCUCAUCACGAGGGGAGUCCCAGAGACCAAGCGAUGGCAUCUGCACUAUUCACGGCAGAUUCCCAGGCAAUGGUGAAGAUUGAGGACAUGGCCGUGUCCCUCAUCCUGGAGGAAUGGGGAUGUCAGAACCUGGCUCGGAAGAAUCUCAAUAGGGACAACAGGCAGGAGAAUUAUGGGAACGUGUUUUCCCAGGGUUGUGAAAACAGGAAUGAGAAUGAGGAGUCAACCUCAAAGGCUGAAAUCGCAGAAGACUCAGCGCCACGUGGGGAGAUGACAGGAAGAUUCCAAAAAGAUUUUGGAGAAAAACGUGAACAGCAGAGCAGAACAGUAGAGAGGCAGCAGAGAAACCCUGAGGAAAAAACCGGAAGAGAAAAAAGAGAUUCGGGGCCAGCUACAACCAAGGAAAAAAAGCCCGCCACAGGAGAGAGAGGCCCAAGGGAGAAGGGCAAAGGUUUGGGAAGAAGCUUCAGCCUGAGUUCAAACUUUAACACCCCUGAAGAAGCUCCGACGGGAGCAAAGUCCCAUAGAUGUGAUGAAUGUGGUAAAUGCUUCACAAGGAGCUCAAGCCUUAUUCGCCAUAAAAUCAUCCACACUGGAGAAAAGCCCUAUGAAUGUAGCGAGUGUGGGAAAGCCUUCAGUCUUAACUCCAACCUGGUCCUGCAUCAGAGAAUCCACACAGGAGAGAAACCUCACGAAUGUAAUGAGUGUGGCAAAGCCUUCAGUCACAGUUCAAAUCUCAUUCUCCAUCAGCGGAUCCACUCUGGAGAGAAACCCUAUGAAUGUAAUGAGUGUGGGAAGGCCUUCAGCCAGAGCUCAGACCUGACAAAACAUCAGAGGAUCCACACAGGGGAGAAACCCUAUGAAUGUAGUGAAUGUGGAAAAGCUUUCAACCGAAACUCAUAUCUUAUUUUGCAUCGGAGAAUCCACACCCGAGAAAAGCCCUAUAAGUGCACUAAGUGUGGUAAGGCCUUCACCCGGAGCUCGACCCUCACUCUGCAUCACAGGAUCCAUACCAGAGAACGAGCCUCUGAGUACAGCCCUGCCUCCCUUGAUGCAUUUGGUGCAUUCCUGAAAAGCUGUGUGUAGAGCAAGAAUUUGUCAGCUAGCCAUUUCCUCCUUUUGUUUCCAAAAUUACUUCAGAGAUAUGUGUGCCCACGGAGGGGAAAAAAAAGAGGGCCUUAACAGAUUCAAAGGAAAAAAAUCACACUUCAGGAUCCUUGUAGUUCCAUCAGCAGCGUUCCGCCUUUGCAUUGUCUGUGGGCAUGUAAUCCUUCCACACGGCCCCUGCAGGGAAAAGCUAGUCAUAUGGAGAAUCCACACGAUAUUUCCAUGCAAGAUAAAAGCACACAUAAUGUCAAAUGUCAAGCUUUUCAGUAAUGAGGAUACCUAUUAAGGCGCUCUCAGACUCAGCAACCACAAUAUAGGAUUGAAAGAUUAAGAUUGGCUCUGCAAAAGUGAUACUGGGGUUUAAAGCUGCUUGCCACAAACAAGCCCUACUUGGCCAACAACUUGUUAUACCUUAUUUCUCAAAAACAAGGAACAGUUAAACUGCAUUGGGACUUGCUGCUCAAACUAGUUAUAUAUAUGAUAAGUUAUAUAUAUGAUCACUGGUAGCCUGCCAAAGCUAUAGAAAUCUAGGACUGUGCUGAUGGGUAUCAAACCAAAGAUUUCUAGCUCUUCCUGAAAGAGGGUAUGUGCACCAGUCUACAGUUCCAAAGGACGCAACAAAUGUAGAUGGUUCUAUCCUCAUCGCUGAGAUAAAUUCUACUGAAAUGGCAACAAUGAUUCAAAGCCCUUCUCUCCCUACUCCAAAUCCCAAAAGCACUAUUCGCACUCUGAAAUGCAUUUCUCCACAAGUUUUAGCACUUGACUGAUUGUAGACUGUCUUUUAAUCCUCCAUUGUUUCGCGUUUGAAAGUUUUCAUCAUGGCCCCUCCCUCCCCAAAGAGAUGCUUCAAUUGUCAAGGGAUCUAUUUUAUCCCAGAUAGCACUGGAGACAGUGCUGAACACCUAAGAGGCACUUGUUAUACCUGACUUCUGACAGUACUUACACGCUUAUGAUAAAACCCUGUGUGAAUCAUGAGUACCAGAAGUAGGUAGCCUGGCCCAGCUUUUGAAGAGGACCUUUGGAGUCCAAGUCAUGCUAACAGCUCUAGGGUCUGAUGCUCUUUUUAUCCUGACUAUAAAAGAAAGGCACUGGCUCGCUGCCUGCAUAGACUCUUCCUAGACACAGAUUUGUGAGUAAAUACCAUGGAAUGUCAGAAACAACUCUCUCGUCAUUAUCUUAAGAAAAAUAGGAAUAUUUACUAAGGCCGUGUCUUGACCUCUUUCUGGGGCAAAAGAUCUUCGCCAGAAUUCUCUUCAGUUAGCUGAAGGACAACAUGAUCAUUUAGGCACUUUCUGAAUCACUUAUAACUAAAAGUACAGCACAGAUGUGAUUUUUGUUGCAUUUCAAAAAAAGGAAAGUUGUAAAGGGCAUUUUCCCCCCACACUUUCCAGAAACUUGAUAAAGGCAUUUGAUACCAUUAGCUGGCAGUUACCCAACAUGUUUGUUGCUCUGAGAAGUUCACCAACAAGCUGAGAUGUGACUGUAUCAUGGUUGAACUGUACAAUUUUUUCUGUUUCUCAUCCCCUGAAGACUGAGGGGAGGCUAUGAAACGGAUCUUUUCCAUCGAAGCAAUCGACAGCCUAGAAGCUAAUGACAGAUGGUUUUCAGAUACACACAUGGGAGACCCAGCUAUCAUGGGCAACAUAGGCAGUCCUUAGGGACUUGGGUAGAGAGGUCUUUGUUCAUGAGAGCAUGCAAAUGAUGGUGGACAGCCCUGCAGAAACUUAGAGACCCAAAGACUCUCCCCCUAAUGGGAGAACCCCACAUGAGUUUUUCCAUCAAGAAACAACUAAAACUAUCCUUCAUCAGUUGUUUGCUGACUGACAGCUUAAGCCUACAAGACAGUGUGGCUUUAUGGGGAACCAGUGAGGUGGGGGCAGCUGUGGCUUCAGUUCCAGACCAAACAAAUUCUGUGCAGCAGUGAUUCUUUGGCCUCUCUUUCUAACUGGGACCAACUACAACUCUCCUGGAGCUUCCAAGCCGUUCCAUCAGUGUUGGCCUGCAGAAACUUAAAGGAGGCCCAUUGGUGACCAGGAUAUUUCCAUCCAUCCAGUUUAAGAAUGACAGAGGAGAUAUUCAAGAAGAGUAUAUAUACCUAAGUAGCUUUUUUAUACUAAAUGAAAGUAGAAGUGCUUUUUUAAUGUUUUCUUCAAAAAGCCACAAUGGAGGCUUCACACAAAAUUGCUGGUGCUUGUCAGCAGACACUUGCCCCUGGGAAGCCCUGGGAGCCCUGGGGCACUUGGCCCAGGCACAGAUCAACGCACCAACUGUUCUGAAGAGGCAAUGAACUUUGGUUGGUUCCACAUUCACCUUUCUUUAGCCACAAUCACAUGCUGACAAUGCAGCCACCAUUUGGUUUUUUGAAAAGGAAAGUUCAUUGCAACCUGCGCUUUGCAUCUUUGUCCCACGUUGACCAUGGGAUGGUCACAGUGGUUGCCUUCAGAUCUUUAGCAGACGCAUUUCUUCAAGCAGCCAUUUGAAAAUGUGUUUUCUGAAGAAAAGAGGCUAUGACUGUUGAUUAAAACCAUUCACGUCGUGUCCAUUUAUCGGCUGCCCAGUGCAGAGUGUAAUUGGGUCAUGGUCAGAAAGGCUUAUUACCACAGCUCAUUAGUGUCUGGACAUUCAGAAGUUCUUGACCAGCUGAAGCCUUUAAGUUGAGUACUCUGUAGUUAACCAUUAGCAUGCUAGUUGACCUAAUGGAAGUUUUUUAAGGGUUUUUAGGAAUAUACCUUAAAUAUACCUGCCAAGAAGAGAAGUAAAAUUCUUCAGAUUGUGGGGAAUUUGUUUCUGCUCUGGCCUGGCAGGCAAGGCUACAGCCUGAGAAUCAGAGGCAUCUGUGAGGCAUCUUUGAUAUGUAAGACACUUAGUAUUCUAUUAAAGACAUAAAAGUGAAACUGCUAAAUAUGUACAGAGAGCUCGCCAUGUCUGACAUGUGUGACAAUUGACAUCUUACAUACAUCAGAGAAUUCAUUCCAGAAAGGAACCUCAUGAAUGCGAUAAAUAUGGCAAAGCCUUCCAUCACAUCUCAGCCCUUAGCAUCAGAAAGCUCACACUGUAAAUAAACUUUAUUAAUAUUGUAUGUGAGGAAAACUUUCAUGUAGACCACUCAUUGCUUUGGACAGAAAAUGAAUUCCGUCAGUGUGUUCCAAUCAUGUAAUGAAUUUCAGAAACACUGCAGAGGAAGCUCAAUCUUAACUCCAGAGGAUCCACAAAAGAAGGGGAAAAUGUGGGGAAAUGCUAAAAAGAAGGCAAAAAUUGUUCCUGCUCGGUAACUUCUAUAUAUUUUGUAAGACCACAACAUCAGUGUCCCAUGUUUGUACCUCUACCCCAGGUUGUCGUUCUGUAUAUUCCCUAUAAAAAAUGUAUUUUAAUCUAUUUGACAGAACACAUACUCCAAAAGAGCAAAGUUUUGGAAUGAGUAGUUAAAGAAGUUGAUGUGGGUAUAGACAAAAAGUCAGUUUACAGUGCUGAGGAGCAGGGGAAAUGAGAGAAAACCUUCAUAGUUGGCUUACCAAGUCAGGAGAGGAGAUUAGGAGAGAGAGGUUAAUAGGACUCUAAAAUGGAACCGUUUCUAGAAACAUUUGCAUCUUCCUGAACGUUUUCAAAGCCAGAAAGUGGACCCUUACCUGCCAUGCCAAGAAAAUAGGUCUGAGCUUGUAGUGGUGGGGCGAGAGAGGGCCAUCUACAUGAAUUGAGAGUUGGUGAGGUGCCCUGGAGAAGCCAGCGGGACCACUUAACCUGGUGACCAGAUUGUGGAAACCAGUCCUGCUUCCCCCACUAACUCUGAUCUUCAUGCUUAGGAAAUUUGGGAUAGCAAAGCACCAUGAUGGACCCUUUCCUUGAAAAUAGGCACAGAUGCAUCCAGUUUCUUACACAGCAGUAAGUUUUUCUAAUACGGCUGGAGAACCGUUUUUGCAGCAUUCCCUUUGACUGUGCUCCUGUGUACCUUCCCUGCCCCGCACUCACUUCCUGGGAUUGUUCUUUCCCUGCCAUUGGAAGGCUUGUGAAGAUUCAUAGUUGUGAAGGAAUUUUUUUCCUCCUUUUUAUCCUAGAGUUGAUCACCUUUUAUUCUGGGGUCUGGUCACCCUGAAGUCCUCAUCCUGAAGCUAGCUAACCAGGUUUAUCCUACCAUCCUCAUGGAAGAUUUGUUAUGUGAAUUGGAGUAACAGUAUUAAAAUGUAGUCAAAUGGUGGCAGCAAUACUUGCCAGAGGAGCUAUAUUUUUGUGAGUCCCACUCUGAGCAACUUCUGAGAAAUAUUUAUGAAGGGGCUGGGUUCCCCACUUGGGAAACCAAAUGAAGGUCUGCAGGUUGCAAAGUGAAAUGUAGAAUCAGAGAAGAGGAAUUUAAGUGGUAUAAAUAGAUCUUUUCGUAGAAGUUAGAGUACAUUUUUAUUUCAACUACUACUGGAGGAUUCAAUAAAAAACAUUAUUUGAAAAGUUUUCCUAACAUAGGUUUAGGUUUUGUUUUUAGAAUGGACACACUACUGUACAUUUAAAAGCAGUUACUUAUUUUGCUACUCAGAUUAAUUUUUUAUUCUAUCUGAAGAUGAAAGUAUCUGUUUUACUUUUCAAAGCUUUGUAAAACAAACCUGAAGUUAUAGGGAGGCUAAGCCAUCUCCGAUUCUGCAGGUCAAACAAAAGUUGGGGAAAUAUUUUGGACAUCUUAUCUGACAGAAUGUCUUAAUGUGAGAAUUUCAUUUCACAUUGUCUGGUUCUGUUUAACAGUGGAUACCAUAAACUUCAUGUUUUUCUCUUUAUCCUGAAACAGUGGAAGUUAAGGAGAGGCACUAGGUUGACUUCUAAACAAUAUUAUUUUAACAGCUUAAAAAAAAAAGUCGUUAAGAUUUCUCCCCUCCAUUUAGUUAAAGAAUCAUGGCUCACUUCAAGUUACACAGAAAUUAUUAGCAAAGCUAAUUGGUCCUAAAGUUAAACUUUUUCCCUUUAGCAAGCACUCAUUAAGCAGUGAGGCUAAAUGUUUUAAGAUAGUAAGAAAAAAAUGAGACCUGUGAGUGAUUGAAAGGUGGCAUAAAAACUCGGAUUUUCAUUCCAGUUUCAGAUUUGGGUUUUAAAGUUCCUUCAGUCCAGGGAAGGGACUAGGCAGCUGCAAAUUGCCCCGACUCAGGUGUGUUGGUCAGUGCUCACUUGUUUUUCCCCUCACCUCAACCUCUGAACAGUUUAGGUAAGGUUUCUUUCUGCCCUAGCAAGGACAAAGCAUGUUAGGCUUAGAGCUGCUUCUGCUAGUAGCAGGGGUUCUUCUGUGAAAACAAAUAGAUGGGGGUGGGGGGGAAGGCAGCAGAUGGUGGUUGUGCAGGAAAAUCUUGAUCUAAAAAUAAUAAGAGUUUAAGGGUAAGAGGGGGGGCACUGCAAGCAAAAUCAGCAAUUAUUUUAAAAUGAACAUGUAUUUUUAUUAACUUGUAGUUAAAUAUAGAUUAUUACAACCAGGUCAACAUGAUAAGCCUAAAUCUAUAUAGAGAGCUAACUCAGGCAAUGUCUUGUUUAUCUGUAGACUGGAUAAGACAAACCUUUCCUGUUUUGUCAGUCCCUAGUUCCUUAGAUUAGAAUAAAUUAGACCAAAAGAAGAAACUUGUCUUUGUAUACCCGCAGAAUUAAGUUAUUGUUAUUGAAACCUGGCCUUUCAUUUCACUAGUCUUAGAAGAGUCCAGAUGCUUAGUAGAUGUUCAAUAAGUGAUUUUUAAAUUGAAUUUGUUCAUUUCAAAUCCUCAUUAACCUUUCUAGGAAGGCUUCUUUGAAUAAAUAAUGGAAUCUUAAAGGAAAAGUGGGGUUUUUUUAAAGCUAAGGAACUCCUCUCUUGGAAAUAAUGUGAAAACUUGAUGGAGGACUAAAAUUUCCAUGAGAAAUGGCAGCCAAAUAACAGUUACAUGCAUUUGUAGUCAAUGGUCAAUUUUAGGAGGCCGGUGAUGUCUGACAAAUGUUAGAGCAGAUGGGGAAGGAAAUUGUGGGGAAUUGUAAUAAAUAUCUCUAUGUCGUUUCUCUUCUGGGUCAUGGUAAAACAAUAAAUUAUCACCUCUAGGUGGCAAUGUU